AUGAGCACGACUCCUGCCACCAAGCCCUCGUCGUCUUCGAGAAGAAGGGAUAAGGAUGACACCAACAAUCCCGACAUCCAUCUUCCCGGAAUUGGAAACUAUGUUUUCCAAAAGACGGUGGGCGAGGGCAAUUUCGCCAAGGUCAAGCUGGCAAAACACAAAAUCACAGGUGUUGAGGUUGCGAUCAAGGUCAUCGACAAAACUACGCUGGAUGAGAAGAAGCUAAGCAAGCUCUACCGCGAAGUCAAGAUCAUGAAGCUCCUGCACCACCCACACAUUGUAAAGCUCUACGAAGUAAUCGAGACAAAGCACACUGUCUUUCUGGUGAUGGAAUACGCCUCUGGCGGUGAGCUGUAUGACUACCUCGUCGUCCACGGCAAGAUGAAGGAGAAGGAAGCCCGUGCAAAGUUUCGCCAGAUCCUUUCGGCUGUCAGCUACUGCCAUAAGAAGAGGGUCAUUCACCGAGAUCUCAAGGCCGAGAACCUUUUGCUGGACUCCAACCUCGACAUCAAAAUUGCCGAUUUCGGCUUCAGCAACUACUUUGACCCUGACGCCAAGCUAGACACCUUCUGCGGCUCUCCACCAUAUGCGGCACCAGAGCUGUUUCAAGGACGACGCUACACAGGCCCAGAAGUUGAUAUUUGGAGCUUGGGCGUCAUAUUGUAUGUGCUGACGACAGGGUGUCUCCCCUUUGACGGCAAGAACCUCCAGGAAAUGAGAGAGUCGGUGUGCCGAGGCAAAUACCGCAUCCCUUUCUACCUGUCAGACUCGUGUGAAAAGCUUCUGCGCAAGUUCUUGAUCCGCGACCCAUACAAACGCGCCAGCUUGGACAUGCUCAUUGACGAUCCUUGGAUCAACGAGUCGUUC